AAUGUAUGCAUUUACUGUUCUGAUAAGAUAAACAGAAAGAAAGAAUGUGCAUAGCUCCAAAAAAAGGGAUCAUGAGAGAGAAGCAUUAUACUGAUCCAGUUCAGUACCUAUAUAUAGACCAUACAGCUUUAUUUGACCCUUUUCUGUGUUCAACAGUCUCUGUGAGCUGAAGGUAGGUAGUUAGCAUAAAAAAGAUUGAAGCAAGCACUCCAGAAGGAAGAAAAAGAUAUUAAUGCGUCCUGCAGAUUCCUGUGGGUUGCAACUUGGUUCUGGCUUUUUCAAUCCCUGCUGUCCUAUUUGUGGCAAAGCUGUUGUUGGGAUGGGACCAAUUAUGACCCAUCUAUCUCUUUGUGGUAUCUAAGGAUAACCCUCAUCAAUGUCAUUUAUGAUUUCCUAGUUCUGCCCUUAACAAAUUCUUACCCAGUAAACAAUUCACAAGAGUCCAGUUUUUCAAUUCUGAAGCAAAAAUCACCACUGAAAUUUUACAUACCUCAGCGUUUGGGAUUUAGUUGGUAUUGAAAUCUGUUCUGCUUCGUGGCAUUUUCUGUCUCUGUUGAUUCUACUUCAGGACUGGAACUUAUUGCAACAUAUCUGCUGCAAUAGUUUAGCAUAAGAUCAAAGUAAUAGUAAGGUUUUCUUCAAAGAGAUAAACUAGAUCCAUUAUUCCCAUGAAACAAACCAGUGUGUUUGUGAUGUUUAAGGUGUGGGUUUGACGUGGAUUGUUGAACUGUUAUAUAGAAACCUUUCUCUCCUUUUGAAACAAAUCUCUAUAGUUGAUUUAAACAAGACUAGAUGACUGCGGAUGAAGUCGGAAGUAGCUCCGAGUGGAGCAAAGAACAGGACAAAGCAUUUGAAAAUGCCUUGGCAAUUCAUCCUGAAGAUGCUUCCGACAGAUGGGAGAAGAUUGCGGCUGAUGUACCAGGGAAAACCUUGGAAGAGAUUAAGCAUCACUACGAGCUCUUGGUUGAAGAUGUUAAUCAGAUUGAAUCUGGUUGCGUACCUUUGCCAUCUUAUAAUUAUCCUUCAGAGGGCUCAGCAAGCCACGCUAGUGAUGAAGGAGCUGGCAAGAAGGGAGGCAGUUCAUGGAAUAGUAACAAUGAAUCGAGUCAUGGAAAUAAGGCUUCAAGAUCAGAUCAGGAACGACGAAAGGGUAUUGCAUGGACAGAGGAUGAACACAGGUUAUUUCUUCUAGGCUUGGAAAAAUAUGGAAAAGGUGACUGGCGAAGCAUAUCAAGGAACUUUGUAGUGACAAGAACACCUACACAAGUUGCAAGCCAUGCCCAAAAGUACUUCAUUCGUUUGAACUCGAUGAACAAGGAUAGAAGGCGAUCCAGCAUACAUGAUAUCACCAGUGUGAACAAUGGAGAUGUUUCAGCACCUCAAGGACCAAUCACUGGCCAAACAAAUGGUUCUGCAGCACACUCUGGAAAAUCAACGAAACCAGCCCCUCCAACCCCAAGUGCUACCCCAAGUGUAGGAAUAUAUGCUGCUCCUACCAUAGGACAACCUAUAGGAGGACCCCUUGUAUCUGCAGUUGGCACCCCAGUGAACCUUCCUGCCCCGGCACACAUGGCAUACGGUCUCGGUGCCCCGGUUCCUGGGACAGUUGUUCCUGGAGCCCCAAUGAACCUGGGUCCUGUGCCAUACCCCAUGCCACACACAUCUGCUCAUAGAUGAAGUUCUGUUCAGAGGUCUAAUGUACAAAAAAGGACACAGAAGAUGGCUUCUGAACAUAAUGUAAGGAUUUGUUUGGAUAAAUCUCUCCUUUAAGUAGCUCUAGGAGGAAAAAAUGAGAAGGGAAAAUGAAAUACUAUUUUCUUUGUCUAGAAGUGUUCAUGAAGAAGUUUAUCCAAGUAUGUCCUAAUUCUUUUCCUAUUCCACAAGUUGCUUAUGUGAGAGUUUUAUAUGUCCCAUCAAUUAUUUCAAAUAAGCGAUACUUAGAUAGAAGCAUUUGAAUGUAUCUGCAUCGGUUGCCCUGGAUGGAAUAUCUGGCAGCAUUGACACACGACAGCAUGAAAGCAAGGUUGUUUUGGAGACAUUGAAAUAGUUUUAGUUAGUCAUAUAAAGUGGUCCAUGCUGUAGAGAAAGGCUCUGUGUCUUUGAAUUGUUUCUGUUGUAUUUUGACUUGGUUUCUGAUUUUCAGUAGGAUCUAAAUUUCCCAUCUA